AUGAAGCGCUUCCUCGCAUUACCAGCGCUGUUGCGAAGCGCGGUCCUCCUCGCAUCAGCGUCCCAGCAUUCAUUCAGUCCAAAUGACGAUCUACUCGCGUUCCCCCAAUACGAGAUUCGAUUCCAGGAUGAGUGGAUCUCGGAAGAAGCAGCACAGUCGCGACUGUCAAGUAGCCAGAAGCUCCACGUUCAACACGAGAACGACCGCGAUAGUCUACGAGAUCCUCCACCUUCGCAAAUAGACCAUUAUCGACAGAACGAAGGCGCGUCAGAUGACCGAAGUGAUCAUGAGGAAGAGCAGGUCGAGUAUGAGAACCUGGUUUUGGACGGGCAGAGUUGGCUGUGUAGCGUGCCCAAAGUGAAGAAUGCCGCCGAGGGACUGGGAGUGAAUGAGACGCAGACACGGGCGGAAGAGGAGAAAGAGCUGGCUCGCGCAACGGAUCGUGGAUGGGAGCUGCUUUCGGGCAUGCAAGACAACUGCGUCUUCUUCAUAAGCGGGUGGUGGAGCUAUCGCUUCUGCUACAACCAAGGCGUGAAGCAGUUCCAUCAGCUGCCACCGAGCAGAGGGGUGCCAGUCUAUCCGCCUAUGGAAGACCCAGGCGUACCAGGUUUCAUGUUGGGGACAUAUGCCAAACAGCUGGACCACGAUGACACGCCUAAGGACGAGGAGUGGGAGGGCGAAGUUGCACUGGAGAUGAGCAAAGGUGCUAAGAGGCUGCGGAGCGGACAUGGCGAGCUGGUGGAGAGGGGUGAGACUAGAUAUCUUGUCCAGAAGCUGGGAGGUGGGACGGUAUGCGAUUUGACUGGCAAGGAGAGGAAGGUUGAGGUUCAAUUUCAUUGCAACCCUCAGUCGUCCGAUCGAAUCUCUUUGAUCAAGGAAACCAGCACAUGCGCCUAUCUCAUGGUCAUCCAGACGCCCCGUCUUUGCAACGACGUUGCCUUCCUCCCACCACAAAAGGAUCAAGCAAAUCCCGUCAAAUGCUCACCAGUCUUGCGCGCAGACGAAGUCGAAGAGUACGAACGAGACCUCAAAGCCCUUCGAGCCGCCGAAAACGACGCCAAAGUCUGGGAGGCAAACGCAGAAGCAGCAGCCGCCCUGGGCGGAACUGGCUACGAACCACUGCAAUUACCAGUCGGCGACAUCUUCGUCGGAGAACACAGGCUCGUGCCCGAAGGUAAAAAACUAGAGAAGUCCUCCAUCGUUGGCGGCACGGGCAAAGAGACUUAUAUUGACACAGUGGCUUCUUCAGACGGUCGGGUGUUGGGCAAGGAGGAUCUGGAGAAAUUGGGCUUGGGCGAUCCGAAGGCGGUGGAGAAGCUUAAGAAGGAGCUUGAGAAGAUCGCGCAGGGCCAGAAUUGGAAGUUGGAUGUUAUUGAUACGCCACGUGGGCGGGAGUAUCGUGGGAUUAUUGGGGAUGAGGAUGAGGAGAAAGAGGGGAAGGGGGAGAAGGGCUCGAGUGAGAAGAAGUAUGGUAAGGAUAAGGUCGAGGGUAAGGAGAAGAAAGAGAGUAAGAAGGCAGAGAAGGCAGAGAAGGGGGGAAAGCCCGAGCAAGAAGAAGGCAGCGAGGAAGAGUACUACAAAGAAGAGCUGUAG